GCGUAUCAGCAUGAUUCCCCUUGUGAUCUUCACUUCACUGUUCUUCUGCGUGGGAACUGUUCCCCUUGCCACACGUCAUGGGCCUGAUGGGCGCAUUGUGGGCGGCAGUCCUGCCAACAUUACCAACUAUCCGUACCAGCUGUCUUUGGAAUUUUUCUUCAUGCAUAGCUGUGGCGCUUCCAUCAUUGGCGCCAACUGGGCAGUGACAGCCGCUCAUUGCGUCGAGGGGUUGCCGCCCGCAUCAGUGCGUCUUCGAGCUGGAAGUAGCACCAAGGGGGUCGGUGGUACGGUGCACCCUGCGUCCGAAGUUGUUAUGCAUCCAGACUACUGGGACGCCGACUAUGACAUUGCAGUCAUCAAGGUAUCAGAGCCAUUCGAAUUCAGUGAUAGCGUGCAGCCAAUUUCAAUGAGCUCAGUGGUCCCUCCAACUGGAACUCCAGUCGUGGUCACUGGAUGGGGCAGACUCAGUACUGAUGGAUCCUCCCCAUCGCAGCUGUAUCAGGUGCUGAUUAGCGUGAUGGACUAUGACACGUGUAACUCUGCUUACCGGGAAGCCGGAGGCCUCACAACACGAAUGUUCUGUGCCGGGGUUCCUGCAGGAGGAAAGGAUUCCUGCAACGGGGAUUCUGGUGGCCCUCUCAUGGCCAAUGGUGAACUCUCCGGCAUUGUGUCGUGGGGCUACGACUGCGGAGAAGCUGGCUUCCCUGGUGUUUACGCUAAUGUUGCUGUUUUGAAGAGCUGGGUCACUUCAGUCACUGGAAUUGAGUGACGUGAAAAUAGCAAUCACAGUUGCGAUACUCAUGAAUAUAAUUCAUAAAUUAAAAUAUUUUAACAAUUAUGUAAUAAAUGUACUAGUGGUAUAAAAUUUGAAGAGUGGUAUAUUUUUAUCUCAGAAUAUAUAUCUUAAUUUUAGUCAUCACCAAAUCUUAAAACCAUUUAUUCUAACUUUAAAAAUGGCAGUUUUAUUUCCGACAGCAAAAAAAGGCCACAAUUUUAGGUUAUCAGACCUGCCACCCCCUUUCAUGCGUAAAUAAUAAUAUUUAAAAAAAAAGUCCCUGAGACCUCUGUAUGCAAGUGUUUGUUCACUCUGCAGUACAAUAAAAUAUCAUCUUAUGUCAGUGCAGUCAGAUAUAUCAAUUCUAUAAAGGUCGAAAUUUCAGACGUUUGGCACUUGUGAGUUUAAGAUGAUGAUUAUAUCAAUAUAAUGUGUUUCGUGUUAUAUUUAUAUAAUUGCAGUGCUUUCACGUUGGAUUCUAAAUUGAUUAAUUAAUUAUGAGUUAAUAAAAUAUAUUGCUGAUCAUCAAAUUAAAUCAUAAAUUAAUAUGCAUUCAAGUGCUCAAUAACAAGACAAGUUUCGAUUUUCAGAUAAUCAUAAACAGAGGUUUUCUACCUAUUAUUAAAUGGUCUUAUUAUAAUAGUUAAGGUUUCUAAAAGAUCGCUGUUCUUCCUCAAAAUAUAUAUAUUGAAUUAAUAAACGAAAAUAUUGUUCAAUGUGCUGAUGUUAUGCUACCAGCAUGAGUUUAUGAGGCAGAAUAUUAUUAUAUUUACCAUAUCCUAUUCAUAUGUUAUAGCAGUUAUUUAUAUUCUUGUAUAUAUAACAUACAAUUAUAUUGUCCCGUACUAGUUUUCAUUAACUGUAAUAUAAGAUUAUAGGAUGGACAAUUAUGUAGGAACUUCGAUUACUGUACUAAAUGCUGGUUAAUAAAAUGCCCCCGUUGAUAACUUUC